AUGUCCUCCACUACCAACGCCGUCGCCCAUGUAUGGAGUUACGACGUUUUCUUGAGUUUCAGAGGUGAAGACACCCGUAAAGGUUUCGUCGAUCACCUCUACACGACCUUACACGAAAAGGGAAUCUACACUUUCAAAGACGACAUUGAACUCAAGAGAGGAAGUUCCAUUUCCCCAGUACUCCAAAAAGCCAUUGAAAUGUCCAAAGUUGCACUCGUUAUCUUCUCAAAAGACUACGCCGAUUCCACUUGGUGUUUAGAAGAGAUUGUUAAAAUCGUUGAAUGUAAUCAGAAAUUUGGCCAAAAGAUUUAUCCUGUGUUCUAUUAUGUGGAACCUUCUGAUGUUAGGAAGCAAAAAGGGAGUUACAAAAUAGCUUUUGAUAAAUAUGAAAAUGAUCCUAAUAUGGAUAAAUUGAAGAUUGACAGAUGGAGGAAUGCUUUGACGGAAGCUGCUAGUGUUUCUGGAUGGGAUAUUCAAAAGACGGCUGAUGGGCACGAGUCAAAGGGCAUCAGAAAAAUUGCUCUAGAAAUUUUGAACAAUUUGAGCCAUACAGUAUCUAGAGUUAAAGAAAGCCUGAUUGGAGUAGAGUCGCAUGUUGGCCAGGUGAUGUCCCUGUUGAAUCUCGAGUCUACUAAAGAUGUUCGCAUGAUAGGUAUAUGGGGUAUGGGUGGCAUCGGAAAAACAACUAUCGCCAGGGCUGUUUUCGAUCAAAUAUUUAGCAAAUUUGAAGGCAGUAGCUAUCUUGACAAUGUAAGAGAAUCUUCCAAAACUUUAGGACUGAGUUCAUUAGAAGAAAAAUUACUCUCCGACACACUGAUGGAGAAGACCACAAAUCUCUACAAUAACACGUCUAUGCUGUUGACAAGGUUACGUCACAAAAGGGUACUUGUUGUUCUUGAUGAUGUCAAUGAACUCGAGCAUUUAGACCGAUUGGCUGGAGGGCAUGAUUGGUUUGGUCCCGGAAGUAGAAUCAUCAUAACAACAAGAAACAAGCAGUUACUUUCUGGACGUGAAGUUGAUGAAGUAUAUGAGGUCAGUGUCUUGGGGACUGAUGUAGCAUUGACGCUGUUUAGCAAAUUUGCCUUUAAGGAAGGUUUUCCCAAAGAAAAAUUUGAAAAGCUUGCACGUGCGGCAGUUAGAUAUGCUCGUGGUCUUCCUUUAGCUCUUAAGGUGUUGGGAUCUUUUUUACACGGUCGAGAUAUUGAUGAAUGGGAAAAUGCAUUGGAUCGAUUGGAAGAAAUUCCGGAAGAUGGUAUCUUGGAGAAACUUAAAGUGAGUUUUGAUGCACUAAAUGACAUGGAGAAGAAGAUAUUCCUGGAUAUUGCUUGUUUUUUUAAGGGGAAGAAGAAAGAAUAUGUGAUGAGAAAACUUGACAGCUUCGGUCUACGAGCUAAGAUCGGAGUAAGUGAUCUGAUUCAAAAAUCUCUUUUAACUGUAACCACUGAUAACAGGCUUCAAAUGCAUGACUUGUUACAAGAGAUGGGUUGGUACAUUGUGCGCCGUCCACAUCCUAACGAGCCUGGGAGACACAGUAGGUUGUGGUUACCUAAGGAUAUUUGCGAUGUACUAACAAAAAAUGUGGACACAGAAGAAAUUGAGGGCAUACAUCUGGACUUCGCAGAAUUAGAGAGCUUUAAAAUUAGCCCGAAAGCCUUUGCAAAUAUGAAAAACCUGAGGCUACUCAAAAUCCACAAUGCAGACAUUAAGCAAAUGCAAGCUUCUCUACCAAGUGACUUGCAUUGGCUUGAUUUGCAUAAGUAUCAAAUGUGGACUCUGCCUCAAAGUUUUCAAGGAGAAAAGCUCGUUGGAUUGAAACUGUCCCAUAGCCAUAUUGAACGCCUUGGAGGACUAGAAAAGGCACAAUUGAAUAAGUUGAAUAGAUGCAAGCGGCCAAAAUCUCGGAGUUCUCUUUUUCCGGCUGAUUUGGGGUCCUCGGUCUCUUCUAUAUCUGGUGUGUUACCUCUGCAAAAACUAGGACUCGCUGGUAGCAACCAGACAAAAGAUCCUUUGCCUACACCUAGACCAUCUUUAUCAGGUUUAUGUUCCUUAAAAAAAUUGGAUCUCAGUUCCUGCGAUCUACUUGAGGAACUUUCAGCUGAUCUUGCCAGCUUGUCCUCUUUGGAAGAGUUAGAUCUGAGCGGGAAUAAUUUUGUAGCGUUUCCUGCAAAAAUUUCUGAACUUCCUCGACUCAAAAUCCUAAAACUGGAAAGUUGCACAAGACUUGAAUCACUGCCGGAUCUUCCAGAAAGUAUAGCUGUACUGAAUGCAGAUGAGUGCCGUUCAUUACAAAGUCUGGCUGAUCUCUCUGUAAAGCAUGCCUUCUUGUGGAAGGUCUCAUUUCUCAAUUGCUUCGAACUGGUCAAAAACGAGGAGAACCAUAAUGCUGCUGAUAAGUUGCUUCACUCUCUACUUCAGGGACAACCUAUUGUCGAUGGUCGAUUUAGUAUACUCAUUCCUGGAAGUGAGGUUCCAGAGUGGUUCAGUUACCAAAAGAUGGGCUGUUCGGUAACCAUCCCUCUAACUCUAGAUUGGCAUGAGAAAGUCAUUGGGAUUGCAAUUUCUAUCAAUUUUGAGCAUCUGGUGUCAAAAUCAAAAAUAGGGGUCACAUUCAAAUUGAUAAGCCGGGAUCAUGAAGAGUUCACUGCUGAUAUCACCCAAACUGCCACUAAGCUGGAAGAGAACCAUGAAUCUGCUCAUGUGUGGAUAGGCUACAUAUCACUCCAUCUUUUCCAGCUUCUAUUUCCAAAAUUUCAGUCAGAUGAUUGGACUAAAAUAGAGGGAUGUCUUACAAUUAGUGCAAUGGAUGCGGCAUGGAUUAAGCCAAGAGGAUGUGGGAUUCGCUUAGUGUACAAAGAAGACGUGAAAGAGGCAUUGGCGCAGUAUAUGGAGACUCCGCCUGGGGUCGACCAAGAAUCGACCAAAUCAAAAGAGGCAGAAGAGAGUAUUGCUGUACUGACAUUUGGUGUCAAUCAACUGAACUGGCAUGUAGAUCCUGUUGAGGAAGAGGGCACACAAAUUCAAAGUUUGAGAGGUUCCACUGCCUUCAAGGUACAGAAGACGCUAUCAUUUGAUUACUAG